GGCGGGGCCGCGGCGGCCGGAGCAGCGACCGAGUCCCGGAGCACGGAGCGUCCCGUCCUCUGCCUGUCCUCGGCCCGUCCUCGGCCUGUCCUCGCCCCUCGCCCGCCGCGCCAUGCCCUCCGUGGACAAGCUCCUGCUGGAGGAGGCCUUGCAGGACAGCCCCCAGACCCGCUCUUUGCUGAGCGUCUUUGAAGAGGAUGCUGGAACUCUCACCGUCUAUACCAACGAGCUGCUGCAGGCCAUGCAGCGAGUCUAUGGGGCCCAGAAUGAAAUGUGCCUGGCUACACAGCAGCUUUCCAAGCAGCUGCUGGCGUACGAGAAACAGAACUUUGCCCUUGGCAAAGGUGAUGAAGAAGUCAUCUCGACACUCCACUGUUUCUCCAAGGUGGUGGAAGAGCUUAACGCUCUCCACACGGAGCUGGCCAAGCAGCUGGCCGACACCAUGGUCCUGCCCAUCAUCCAGUUCCGGGAGAAGGACCUCACGGAAGUCAGCACUCUGAAGGAUCUCUUUGGACUGGCCAGCGACGAUCAUGACCUUGCCAUGGCAAAGUACAGCCGGCUCCCUAAAAAGAAGGAGAACGAAAAGGUGAAGGCCGAGGUCAGGAAGGAGGUGGCAGCUGCGCGGCAGAAGCAGCACCUGUCGUCCCUGCAGUACUACUGUGCCCUCAACGCGCUGCAGUACCGGAAGCAGAUGGCCAUGAUGGAGCCCAUGAUAGGCUUCGCCCGUGAGCAGAUUCACUUUUUUAAGAAGGGCGCAGAGAUGUUUUCCAGGAGCAUGGACAGCUUCCUCUCCUCUGCAACAGACAUGGUUCAAAGCAUCCAGGUGGAGCUGGAGGCCGAAGCGGAGAAGAUGCGGGUGUCGCAGCAGGAGCUGCUGUCUGUGGAUGAGUCUGUGUACACCCCAGACUUCGAUGUGGCCGCCCCCGAGAUCAACCGGAACCUCAUCCAGAAGGCCGGGUACCUUAAUCUGAGAAACAAAACGGGGCUGGUGAGCACCAGCUGGGAGCGGCUCUACUUCUUCACCCAAGGCGGGAACCUCCUGUGCCAGCCCCGGGGCGCCGUGGCUGGGGGGCUCAUCCAGGACCUGGACAACUGCUCGGUGAUGGCGGUGGACUGCGAGGACCGGCGCUACUGCUUCCAGAUCACGGCCCCCAACGGGAAAUCGGGAAUAAUCCUCCAGGCCGAGAGCAGGAAGGAGAAUGAGGAGUGGAUCUGCGCCAUCAACAACAUCUCCAGGCAGAUCUACCUGACGGAGGACCCAGAGGCCGUGGCCAUCAGGCUGAACCAGACGGCUCUGCAGGCGGUGACUCCCAUCACGAGUCUGGGGAAGAAGCAGGAAAGCUCCAGCCCCAGCCAGAACCUGAAGAACCCGGAGCUAGAGAAUGACAAGACUGUCCCCAGGGCAGCAGCUGAGGUUCCUGAAGCCGAAGAGCUGAUCACACCCGGGACGCCAAUUCAGUUUGACAUCAUGCUUCCUGCUACAGAAUUCCUCGAUCAGAACAGAGGCAGCAGGCGGACCAACCCUUUCGGUGAGAGUGAGGAUGACUCGUUUCCAGAGGUAGAAGAUUCGCUUCUGCAACAGAUGUUCAUAGUUCGUUUUUUGGGGUCCAUGGCUGUCAAGACAGACAGCACUGCAGAAGUGAUAUACGAAGCGAUGAGACAAGUCCUGGCUGCGCGAGCGAUUCACAACAUCUUCCGGAUGACGGAGUCCCACCUGCUGGUCACCAGCCAGGCUCUGAGGUUGAUAGAUCCUCAGACGCAGGUGUCAAGGGCCAAUUUUGAACUCACCAGUGUCACCCAGUUCGCUGCUCAUCAAGAGAACAGGAGACUGUUUGGCUUUGUCGUCCGCAUGCCUGAGUCCACCGGAGGAGAGUCUCUGAGCGCGUACAUUUUCGAAAGCAACUCAGAAGGCGAAAAGAUAUGUUAUGCUGUUAACUUGGGGAAAGAAAUUAUUGAGGUUCAGAAGGAUCCAGAAGCGCUGGCUCAACUAAUGCUGUCCGUACCACUAACCAAUGAUGGGAAGUAUGUCCUGCUAACCGACCAGGCGGAGGGCAGCCCACGUGGGAACCAAGGCGCAGAGUCGGAAGCCUGAGUCCCGGGCCUGAGGGCAGUGGCCGGCGGGGCCCCUCCUCAAGGGUUCCCACCUUCUCUGCCGCACAGGCGCACGGCCUGGUUUCAGGAUGCUGACUGCGUGUGCGCCCCUCGAUGCCUUCAUGAGACUCGGGCAGGAGCAGGCGGCGUGGGUGGCCGCGUCCCUACGUCUACACUUGUUCUUAGGUGCUCUGUGGUGAGUGCUUCCGUAGGCCGCUUGUCAGCGCUCGUCGGAAGCUUGGAAGAUGCACCUUCCGCUUUCCUCAGAUGCCAUCUCUCCUGUUUCCGCUGUCCUUACAAACGGCAGAGGCCUAGAUUUACAAUUUGAUAAAUACUAGAUAUUUCCUGUUAAUAUAAUCUAUUUUUGUAUUUUACCUAAUGAGCUUGAAGUGCCUGUUGUUCUGAAAGUGUACGGAAAGCCAGCUCAUCCUGUCGGUCCUGCAGCGCUGCGAGCACUGCCCGUGAUGUACCAGCUGGUGCAAGUCCCAGGCAUCACUGAUCCAAGACCAGCAGCUGAGAACCACAGGAGACGCCAGGCGUCACCCAGCAGGCACUCGCUCGGGUCCUCCCGACCUGACUGCUGUGGGGUUUGCUGGGGCCAGGCAGGGCACAGCUGCUGUUCUCCUUUCUUCUGAGCCAGACCUCCCGAGGACAGGACGGACCGGUGGGUUUUCACUCACUGGAGGCAAGGCAGGCAGGGGCUUGGUGUGGUCCAUUUCCAUCAGCAGUUAAGGGUAAAGCUCCUGAACUGUACAUCGGUUUAACUAUAACAAGCUCAACAGACUAUCAUUACCUGUGUAAUAAAUUAACCUAGCAAUGAUUA